GUAUCUCCGUAGCCUUACGUUGGCAAUCUCCCUUACUUAUCUCUGGUCGCAUUGAAUUGCAUUGAAUCUGGCACAUCUCAUUGGAGGAGUCAGCCAUAAGGAAAGGAAGGAAUUGCAUUGAAUAGAAAAUUGAUGAGCUGUGAGCACCUGCAGUGCGUGUUUUGUGUUGUGUCGUGAGUGGUAUUUUGACUACUUUCAGGCAAUAUUCUAAAGUGCCUGACAAUGAAAAUGAUCACACUAAGCGUAUAACUCUGCAAAGAUAUACAAAGUGUAUAUUAAUUGUAGUUGACAGUUUUAUAAGAAAAUAGAAGUGGUUUGGUAGUGAUUAAUGCUUGAGCAUUUACAUUAAUUAUACUAAUAUUUAAGCAGCAAGUUUACGUGAUGGCAGAUUUUGAUGCAAUUUACGAAGAGGAAGACGUGAACGAACAAAAUUUGGAAGAACAUUACGUGACCAUGGUACCGGAUCCUAUAGUUAUACGUGGAGCUGGUAACAUGACGGUAUUUGGUCUGAGUAAUAAGUUUGAGUCUGAAUUUCCCAAUGGCCUGGUGUCCCGAGUUGCUCCAGAAGAAUUCAAGGCUACUGUGAUGAGAGUCAAUAGUGUACUGAAGAAAACCUUGCCAGUCAAUGUCAAAUGGCUCUUUUGUGGCUGUGUUUGUUGUUGCUGUACAUUGGGAUGCUCUCUGUGGCCAGUAGUGUGUCUCAGUAAAAGGACACAGCAUUCAUUAAACAAGUUGUUGGAAUGGGAGAACAGCAGACUGUAUCACAAGUUGGGUUUACAUUGGCGAUUAACAAAGCAAAGAUGUGAUAGCUCAUCUAUGAUGGAAUAUGUUCUCUUAGUCGAAUUUAUUCCUAAGAUACCAAUAUACAGACCUGACUAAAAGAAAAAUGUGAUUUGAGCUUCCUUUUUCUUUUAUCAUCAGAAAGGAAGUACCAUAAGUUUUAGUUGGGUAAUGUACGAUUAAUAAUGAGAGCGUACAUGGUGUUCGAAAUAAAUAACAUACAGGAACAAAAACAAAAUAAAAAUAAACGUCUUGAAGAGUAUUUUUGUAAAUACGACGUCUAUUAAAGCACAGUACAAUAACAGCGUAGCAAUGAAUUUGAUUAUUGGUACUAUCAUCUCAAGAGUAUCUGAUGCAUAGGUACUAAUAUUGAUUGCACUGGGUUGGACCUACUAUACUGAUUUUUGCAAAAACUGGACAAAAAAUACAUGAUCAAGAGGAUAUAAUACCUACCUAACGUUUAUUUUGGAGUUAACUCCAAGAGAUUUUUUAAUUCUACAAAGUAUGAGCUAUGGCACACGCACCGUCACAUGCGUUAUUAUGUAUCAUAAUUUUAAAUGACAUCCCAUGCAAGUCAUUUAUUAUUUAAUACACAAGAAAAUUCAAUCACAUUGGUGCCGCUUAUGAUAUAACAUCACGCCAGUUCACUUUUCAUGCAAAUAUAGCCAUUAUUUAGGAAAAACAAUUUAAUUCUACUAUCAUGUAUUACAGCUAUGGAGUACAUACACUUUAAAAGCGAGUAAUUAGAGUUUAAAGUCUCAGGUAAGAAAUUAAUCUGAUUCAGUACAACGAACAUAAUGAGUAGAUAAUAAUUUAAAAAAACGUGAUGAAGACUCGUAAAAAAAUUCGUUGAACAGCCGAUAGGCAACGCGAAUUGUUAGCGUGUACAAGCAUAAGUAUAGAUUUUAUUUUGCGUGAAGGUUAAUUUCUUACCCUGGUGAUAUUAGAUAAUACGAAACGUAAUAUUUAAAUUUUACAUUUCAGUAUAACGUUAACGAUGAAUGUUUCAAUAAAAUAACGAUUGCCAAGGUCUUGCAAUUAGAUGGUAAACAAAUGUUAUAAGGAUUCGACCAAAAAUAUCACUACGGCCUAUCGUCCUCUCUUAUCGUAUCAUCUCAAUGCCAUGUCAUUAGAAAUAUUUCAUUUCUUCCUGACUAUUUUUAUCGAAAAGUAUUCAAAACCUCCGAUAAGUGCUAUUUUUGGGCGUAGUCUUAUACGAUUUUGCAUGAUUCUAUUUAACUCUCGACAGUUUUCCUCCAAAUAUUAACGACACAGAUUAUAACGCAUAAUUUUUACAUAUUCUAGAGUAAAUUUUAAUUUCAGUCUCUCGAAAAUGUGUUAUAAUUUAAAUUUCUGAUUGGGAGCCUGUGAUGAGAAUAUAAGACUAGCCUUAAAUUUACCUAUUUUUGAAGAUACAUCUAAGCAAUUCAAAGGAAUACAAAUAGUACUUAGUAUUGGUAAUUGCGAGAAAUAUACCCAUUACCUUUGACUGAAAUUGUUAUUCAUAUUUACCACUAUCUAGAGUCGAGUCCACUAUUUUUAAUCUCCUUUGGAAAUUACACGAACUAUACAUGUAAAUUAUAUUUGAUCUUUCAUUAACUUUCACGUGAAGGAGGAAAACUUUCAGUACAUGGUACCAUACAUUACGAUACAAUAUCGUAAUUAACGAUCUUGAGGGAGUAUGUAAUUUUGUAAUGGUUUACCUUUGUUGCCUUUGUGUAUGAAGAAUAACUAAAUUAGAGAUGCGUUAGUUGUAUGUGUAACAAGAUGUUAGCAAAGGAUCAUCUUGUAUUAAUAAAAUUUGGUAUCUCUAAGAAUCGCGAGUAUAGAUAAUUAUGUGGCUUAAUCAUAUCGUGCUAAUAAGCCAUAUAGUUGUGUUAAAAAAUAGGAUUUACUCAAUCUCACAGUCUGCUUGCAUAUUCUAAAGAAAAUCUAGAACGUAAAUGGGCAACCACUACGAUGCGCGUAUGAACAUUUUCAAUUUUGUUUUUGUCUGAUGGUCGUAGUGGAAAUCUGCAGAAAACAUAUACAAAUAUAUUCAGUCGAUAAUGUGCAAAGCUAUGUAGUACAUAGUGAUUCUAUUUUUUGGCUAUGGGAUGUAUGCAAUACCUUUUUUUUAGUCAAAGCCCAUAUAUAGCGUUUUCCCAUGUUUUACAGAUUAGAUUACGUAACUAUUUUUUAUUUGUAUGAUAUUGCUAUAAGAAACAGUUUUUUCCUCGCUCAAGCAUCACUAAGAUAUGUCCAUGCAUUGGGCGCGACGAAUACAGUAUUUAUAAUUAAUAUUAAAAUGAAGAAAUAAAUGAAUACAAAGUUUUGCUGUAAUGAUGACGCAUAUUUAAAGUAAAAAUAUUUCAACUAAUGUUUUUAAUAGAACGACUUGCCAUUACUGUAGCCGGAUAAUCAUUUUUACACCAGAUAUAAAUUGAUUGACAUAUCACAUAAAUCAAAAACUGUUUGGUUUCUACAAUACUGAUGCGAGGGAAUAUUUAAAACGACUGUCAUAUCGUGUCACGUUGUAUUUGAUUACAGUAAUGUUAUGAUCUGUUAAUGAAUUUCAUCUUAUAUCAAACUGGGUGCUCUUCGAUAAUUAUAAAAUGAACAUUGAACACAAAUAAUGCAUAAUAGCAUGUUAAAUCAAUUUAUGCGAUAUACAGCGCGACACAACAAUUUUAGAGAAAUCGGUUGCGCCUGAAGGUAAUAUUAUAGUCGCACAUUAAAUCUAAAGUAGGAGCCAUGAAACAUGUAGUGAUCAUUGUUCUGGUACCUGUUAUACGAUUUACAUUUAACAUAAAAUAUACAAAGAGCGGUUCCUAAGAAAA